AAAAUGGCGAGUUCACAGAUGAAAAAUGGACGUCAUGCCAUGUGAACGGUGUUUACUUGCACACAUCUGUAUACAACGCUGAUUUUUCCUCUAUUCUACGCUUUCUACAGCGUGCACGUCAGUAUUCGCAAAGACGCUGGCAGGUGCAGACCCUUGCAAUGGCCGAAGUUCUUGGAGCGAUCGUCCCAGCGACCAAUGGUUUUCACGAUACACAGUCCGGGCUUAAAAUCCUCGUUGUUGGUGCUGGCAUCAGCGGACUGUCGGCUGCUAUUGGGCUCCGACAGCAAGGCCAUACAGUUCAGGUUUACGAACAAAGUCGUUUCGCCACUGAGGCUGGCGCCGCAAUCCAUCUAGCUCCCAAUGCCAAUGGCGUUCUGAAAAGGCUGGGGAUUGACGCUGCAGCCAGUGGUGCCAAUCUUAUGGAGAAGUUGACAGAAUACACUGCAACUGGUGAGCUUACGAGAGAGAUCGAUUUGAAAGAACCAAACAGCAUCUGGCAACAUGACUGGCUCCUGGCGCACCGUAUUCACUUACACGACGCCCUGAAGAGAGCUGCCACAAGCACGAUUGAAGAAGGAACACCAGUCAAACUCAAUCUAUCGAGUUCUGUCGUCGAAGUUGAUGCUGAGUCGGCGACUAUCACUCUCAAAGAUGGACGUGUCGUCAAAGGCGACGUGGUUGUUGGUGCCGACGGGGUGCAUUCUUUGACAAGAACUCGAAUCCCGGGUGGUGAUGCGCAAGUUUUUCCUUCUGGCAAGAGUGCUUUCCGCUUCCUCAUCGACCGCCAAGCGGCUCUGGACGACCCUGCCACCAAGAAAUUUGCCGAGAAGGCAGGCGAAUUGAUAAUAUGGUAUGGAACUGAUCGAAGAAUCGUCAUGUAUCCGACAUCCGACAACAAGCUGCUCAAUUUCGUCUGCAUCCACCCGGAGAACGAAUCUGGAGCCAGUGGUGAGGACUGGAACACAGAGGCGAACAAAAGCACACUUUUGAAGGUCUACGAGGGCUUCGACCCAGACUGCGUGGCCUUGAUCGGCAAAGCCAACCCUGAGUCGCUAAAGUCUUGGAAACUGCUCGACAUGCCGGUCAUUCCAACUUGGGUGAAAUCUAGGCUGGUGAUCAUGGGCGACGCGGCUCACCCGUUCCUACCUCAUCAAGGCCAGGGUGCAGGCGUCGCCAUGGAGGAUGCCGCAGCAUUGGCAGUGGUCCUAGAGAGAGAUUUGCGUGCCGAAGAUGUCCCUGAGCGACUCAAGCUUUGGGAAAGCAUCCGGUAUGAGCGAGCAAACCGCAUUCAAGAGUACUCGCGGCUUGCGGGACGGGAUGUCAAAGAAGGUGUGAAAGUCAACAUGAUCGAGUAUACGAACUACAAUUUUGGACACGAUGAAUUCGACAAUUCCGCCCAGAGACUUCGGGAAUGGAAAUGGGCACAAACACCACAAAUUUACUGGCGGAUGCCGAUAGCCUUUGGUCCAAUGCCUGGUCCACGCCAGAAUCACCAAGGUGUAGGCCGACAAUCAGAGCACUCGACGUUCACGACAGCGUCAAUCAAAUUCAAAACGUCCCGAACGGUUCUACAGAAUCUGUUCCCACCAGGCAACAAGAAGUACCGCUUCAAAUCACCGGGAACCGUGGCCUACUGCUCAUUUUCCCAGACCCAUCUGGACCAAAUGGAAUGGCUCGGUGGGUCCGGUUACAAGCAUAUUGGCUUGUACAUCCACGGCGUCGAGUACGUCAAGGACAACGGGGAUGUGAUCAGCGGCACAUACAUGCCGAUCUUGUUCGAGUCACUGACCGACCCUAUCGUCUCGGGCCGUGAAGAGCUGGGCAUGCCGAAAUUGUACUCGUCCAUUGAUGUGUACCGACAUGGCAGUGAAUCUUACCGGAUCAACACGGGUUGGCAAGGCUCCAUGUGGGGCAACUUUGUGCUUGAAGGUCUGAAGCCAGUCAGUGAUGUUGGCGCUAUAUCAGGCAAUCUCAGUGGCGAGGCUGAUGACGGCAUUUUGGUCUAUCGGUAUAUGCCCAAGGUGGGACGGACGAAUAAGGGUCAGUCGGCGGAGGAGCAUGCCGUAUUUGUCCCGUUCAAGGAGGAUAUGCCUCAGCCACAGUCGAAACGGGUUUGGCAGGCAUCGAAGGCGAGCUUCAAGAUCGAUGCCAUGGAUUGGAACGCCUUGCCUACAUUGCACCAUGUGAUCGCGAGGUUGCAAGAGAUCCCUGUCUACGAAAUUGUAGGUGCGAAAGUGGUCGAAGGGACCGGAGUUCCUGAUGUUGGAGCGGCCAGGAGAAUAGACUGAAAUACAUGCUCUUUUUUGGAGGACUGCCCGAGUAUUCCUUUGACAGAGUACAACCACAGUGCAACAUGAGUCACAGCAGAGUCAGGAUAGCGGACGCCAUGCCCGUAGGAAAGUAAGUUAUUCUGAUAGAUGUGAUGGUCUCCUCCACGUCAACAGGAGACGCUGUAGUGUUACGUGCUACGGGCUUCGGACUGGU